UCGACGGUGGCGAAUCAAAAAAAAAAAAAAAAAGACUAGACGGUGGCGGAAAAUGGCGUGCGGUCUCCUGCCGCUGCUCCACGGCCCCCUCUCCUCUCCGCCUCGUCCCCUCGUCCCCUCCCGCUCCCCCUCCCUCCUCGCGCCCGGGACCCUGCCCCUAGCCCCUCGCCGGAGCAGGGUUUCGCGUCACCUGUCCCCUGCCCCUCCGCGCGCGCUCCCGGACAUUGCCGCGGCGGCGGCGGGCCUCCGGGACGCGGUCGCCGGCGCCUUCCAGGCGUCCCCGCCUACGUGGAGCUCGGCUGCCACAACCAACGUCGCCAUCUUCGUCGCGGGCACGCCGCUGCUCCUCUCCGGCCUCUCCGCCUCCGGCAUCGCGGCCGCCUACGUCCUCGGCACCCUCACGUGGCGCGCAUUUGGGGCCCGGGCUUACCUCCUCGUCGCCGCCUACUUCGUGGUGGGCACAGCAGUGACCAAGUUAAAGAUAAAACAAAAAGAAGCUUUGGGAGUGGCUGAGAAAAAAGGAGGAAGGAGAGGUCCUGGUAGUGUUAUUGGUUCUAGUGCUGCUGGUUGUGUCUGUGCUCUCCUAUCAGUAUAUAAUGUGGGCGGGGGAGCAUUCGCGGAACUCUGGACACUUGGCUUUGUUGCAAGUUUCUGUACUAAACUCAGUGAUACAGUUUCCAGUGAAAUAGGGAAGGCAUAUGGAAGAACAACUUACCUAGUGACAACAUUUAAGAUUGUUCCAAGAGGUACAGAAGGUGCAGUCAGUGUUGAGGGCACUCUUGCUGGAAUUGUAGCAUCAACGUUUCUGGCAGGGAUUGGUUAUAUUUUGGGGCAGGUAAAUCUACCACAGGGUGUGCUAUGUGUUCUUGCAUCCCAGAUUGCAAAUUUUGGCGAGAGUUUGAUUGGCGCAACGCUGCAGGAUAAGGAAGGUUUUGAAUGGCUGAACAAUGAUGUUGUCAACGUGGUCAAUAUCUCGGCCGGCGCCGUUUUGGCUGCUCUAAUGCAGCAGCUGCUAGUGAGCUGGCGCUCAUGAUCUUUGUUUCCUGACUUUUCUCCAGUGCAUCCGCUCUCGUAGUUUCUUAGCGGUAUAAGCAGCUGGCAUUUGCUUGUGGAACUCUCAAGUCGCAAUUGAGUGGAUGCACGUGCUUCUCCUUUGUGACACAUCUUCCUGUACUUCUAAUUCUAGCUUAAGGCCUGUUCCCGUUCGCUCCACUCCGCGGAGCUCCAGGAGCUCGGUUUGAGCUGCUCCGUGGAAAUAAGCUGCAGUUUCCUCCGCUCCGGGGGCGCAGUCCAGGGAUCGGAGAGGAACCGAACAGGCCUUUAGUAACAUUGAUUUGUGGAAGUAAAACACUCUCUGCCAGAGCAUCAUAUGUUCAAGAAAUACUGAGCUGGCUGGCGUGCUACUAGCUACUACUCCAAACAAUGAUCAUUCUACACCAGUUAAAACUCGUGAUUGGACAA